AAACAAAGCUGCUGUGGGAGUCCCGCUGUGAGCCCGGGAGAAUGGAGGAGUAUAUGCGGGAGCCAUGCCCCUGGAGAAUAGUCGAUGACUGUGGAGGAGCCUUCACCAUGGGGAUCAUUGGGGGGGUGUUCCAGGCGGUGAAGGGGUUUAGGAAUGCCCCGGCGGGAGUGGCCCAUCGUCUCCGGGGCAGUAUGAGUGCCGUAAGGAUCCGCGCUCCACAGAUCGGAGGUAGCUUUGCUGUGUGGGGGGGCCUAUUCUCCACCAUUGACUGUGGAUUGGUCAGGCUGCGAGGGAAGGAGGACCCCUGGAACUCCAUUACUAGUGGGGCGCUGACAGGGGCGGUGCUGGCAUCUCGGAGUGGGCCCCUGGCCAUGGUUGGCUCCGCCCUGAUGGGGGGCAUCCUGUUGGCGCUGAUAGAGGGGGUCGGCAUCCUCCUGACUCGCUACACAGCGCAGCAGUUCCAGAACCCCAAUCCCUUUGGAGAAGAGUCCAGCCCAGUGGCGCACUGACCCCCGGGGGCACAACGGCGGAAGGAGGAAACAUUUGCCCCCCGAGGGGCAGGAUUGUGAGCAUCUGAUGAAUAAACUGCGUGUUGCUAGGAAA